AUGGAGUUUGAUCCAAAGCUUAGCGAAAACAUGACCCCUCAAGGCCAGCAGCCGAUGGUAUUAUCCGAGAACUGUCUAAAACCCUGUAUGAAAUACGAUCAGUUUCCCUCUGAAACUACUCCAUCAUCAUCAUCAUCAAAGGGUUAUUAUUUGCAAGACUUUCACCAUCUUGAUCAUCAAAUUCAUGUCAACGGGUCGUCUUCAAAUCCUGCUUAUGUGGUCCAAACAGCUUGUUAUGAUCCUUUUGAUGCGUUCCCUUAUGGUUAUUCCACAAACAAUGUUGAUUUUUAUGAGUGUAAGCCGUUUGCAGACAAUGUAGGACAUGGACAAGUUAUGGACAAUUUCCAGAGUGGAGGAUUCUUAAACCUGUCUCAGAGGAACUCCAAUAAUGUUAUGGGAUCAGAUAUUGGUUGCUUUGAUUUACAAGAAACGAAGCCUGUGAAUUUUGUUGUGCCAGAUGAAGUCUCAUGCGUGACCGCAGAAAAUGCUUACUACAAGAAAGCUGGCAUGAACAAGAAUAGGGUAUUGGCUUCAAACCCUAGUACUUGGAAAGGUCGUAAGAAGUCCAAUGUAGUCAAAGGACAAUGGCUAAUUGAAGAAGACAGGCUCUUGAUUCAAUUAGUUGAACAGUAUGGAGUGAGAAAAUGGUCACAUAUUGCUCAGAUGUUGCCUGGAAGAAUAGGGAAGCAAUGCAGAGAGAGAUGGCACAACCAUCUAAGGCCAGACAUCAAGAAGGACACAUGGAGUGAAGAGGAGGACAAGGUCCUAAUACAAGCCCAUAUCGAGAUAGGAAACAAAUGGGCAGAAAUUGCGAAGAGGUUGCCUGGAAGAACAGAAAACUCCAUCAAGAACCAUUGGAAUGCAACCAAAAGAAGGCAAUUUUCAAAGAGAAAAUGUCGUUCAAAGUACCCUAGAGGCUCCAUUUUGCAGGAAUAUAUCAAGAGCUUAAACUUAGAGUCAAGCAGCACAAGAUUCCAAGAAAAAUCUUCUAAUGGUAUUGAUGCCACAGUAGACAAAAGUUCAACCAAACCAUCAAAUUAUCAGCCGCAAGCAUUGGAUUUUUGCCCCAGUACUGAUCGUUUAGUGCCAGAAUAUGAUUUUAAUGAGGUCCCUGAUUUUUCUUUUGAUGAGAAACUGCUUCAAGAAAGCUGCAGCAUUGACUCUCUUCUUGACGAAAUACAUAGUGCUACUGCGGCUGAUGUAGCUGAUAAUCAAAUUGAGAAAAGCUUUGAGAUGGAUGUGUCUGUGGAUAUGUCUCCAGUGAUGGGACUUUCAGUGAAGAAGGAGCUAGAUUUGGUGGAGAUGAUCUCUCGGCAGGCUAAUAUCUAA